AUGUGUUUACUGUGGCAACAGGUGAUUGUUUAUUUUUGUUCUCAUAGCAGACGACAUUUUUUUUUUUUUUUUGCAGUCGAUUAACAUUCAUUCCCACUCUGAUGCAGUCGUUGUGCGUGCGUGUGUGUGUGUGAGUAUACUUGGGUGCACACACACUGACAGCUGUUACCUGGUUACGUGUUAAGGGAUCGACAUCAUCAUUGCAGUAAGAUUCCAAACGUUGGUCACGUCUUCACAAAUCAGAUCCAACUCAGGUUAUUGACCAGUUACUUAGCAACCCAAUGCCACACCCAUUGAAGAUCAUGAGAAACAAGAGAUUCGUCAGUCUAGUCAUCUCUUUCGUCUGUCUCGCUGCGAUCAUUGCCUUGUACCGAUCAGUUUCUCAUUUCAAAUGUUGUGACCUUAAAGAUUCCGAUUCGACGGGUCGGCAUGUUGCCAUGGAGACUGCGACGAGAUCAGGUGUGAGAAUCUACAGGGCAGACAACUACAACUGCUCACAUCUUCUACCGUUCCGCUUGUUUGACGGGAAACUUUCUCAAAUCUGCACCUAUGACCCUGACGUGGACUACAUUUCAGCAAUGAUCAAGAAAUGGCAAGGUUUUCAAUCCAAACUUAUCCGUGACAUCAUGCUGGCCCUUCGUUAUGCACGAGAAAGCGAUGUGAAGGAAGUCAACACCAAUGUGACGUUUGUGGACCUGGGGUCAAACAUCGGGGUCUUCACCCUGACGGCAGCGAUGGCGGGCUACGAGGUGCUGCUGGCUGUCGAUGCCUUGCGAGAGACUCUGCAGCUGAGUGACUCCCUGCACCUAGCGGGUGUGACGUCACGUGUGACCGUUCUCAACAACGCAAUCUCUGACUAACAUGGGGGCUCGAAGGUGAAACAAGAUAGCUGGGUCAACCAAGAUAGCAGUGACGACGAUAACGUUAACUCCAUCAACAUGAACGACCUUCAUCCCUUACGUCAGUCCCGCCGUGCUGUCGUCAAAAUGGACAUCGAGGGCUUUGAGGAGAGGGCUCUGUGGUCGGCUAGCGAGUUCUUUGAGAAGAUCGACGUAUUCCGUUUGAUGGAGUGGAGCUUUCACCGAGGGGACAGCGGGCCUCCCAUCAUCCGAUUCAUGUCAAGGAGAGGGAUGCUGCCUUAUUCUGAUACCAACAAGACUGAAGCUCUUGAUCCAUUUUCUUACAAAACCUGGCCGGAUGAUGUCGUUUUCAUCAGAUGA